GUCGCUGCUUGCAGCUUUUAAUUACUUUUGUGUGUUUUUGUUUAUAGAAAUGGAGGAAAUCCACCCACCACCCCCUCCUUUUCUCUGCCCUUUGGCUCUGAGCUGUUGUAAAGGUGAACUUCAGACCUUCAGUAUCUGGUGCAGUGGGGGACAUGUCCCUCCCAACGGGUGCCGUCCAGCAGAGACGCUGAGAGCACGCAGCAGACAUCACCUUCUAUCAACAACCUCAUUCAGUGAACUCUUCCUGAAGAUGUCCGACCUUGCUGAUAACAUAGUAAAAGGAGAUCUAGCGGUGGGUACAGGCGGGAACCAGACCCUGAUCCACGCCAUGGACCGGCCCGGUAAAGCUUUUGCUGCCGGUACCUAUGCUGGUGCCGGGAAAUUCGAAGAUGAACUGGAUGAGGAAACUGGAGUGUACGCUGGGGCAGGAGUCGGCCACGUUCAGGCUGAAUGGAGUUAUUUUGAAGCAGAGGCCAAAGGGCCCAACGCCAGCGCAGGGGCCGAAAUCUCCAGGGCAGUGGGGGUCAGAGCCAUGGCCAAAGCAGAACUGGCCAGUGCUUCGGCCUCUGCUGGUCCGGUGAAAGCCACCGUCGGUCUGGCGUUAGACACCGGGGGCAGCCUCGGUCCGUCAGGGGUAGAGGCUAAAGUACUGGGAACGGGAUUCUCCUUCGGUCGUACUAUGGGGGUUUCUCUGUUUGGCACCGGGGUUGAGAUUAAAUUAUGGUAGACUGUGGCUUUUUACCAAACACAGCUCUUUGUGAGUGGGUGUUAUGUCUCUAUGACAACAAUAAAACAAUGAAAGAACUUAUAAAUGAAACUGGUUCUGACAUUUCCAACUCCACCAGAUAUCUGUCCUCCAUCCUGUCUCCUGUGUUAACGUCACUGCAGAUCUGACAUUUCAACAUGAUGACGUGAUUCUCCGUGUCGGCUGCUUUUAAACAACAGAAUGCUCAUAGUAUAAAAUGUAGCAGUCUUUGUCAUACUGGAAAUAAAGUGCAGAAAAAAGA